UGCAGCAGACUGAAAGUUCACAGAACACUGAAGUAAAUCAUCACAGCACAGGAGAGGAUCUGCAUUAUCCACACAUAAACUGUGUCUACGACAUGGCUGAUGAUCGAGACUGUUCCAUUUGGAGAGACAGUGAAAUACUCAGUGAGAAAGGCAGCUGUGAGAGAUCGAUGAGUGGGAACCGACAAGGGAGAACAGGACUGUACCUUCCUCCAGUGGAUUUGGGAAAUUCAGCCUGCUACAGAUCCUGCGGGGAGAAGACAGACUGGUCAGAUGGUGCUGAACACCGAGCGCAACGCUUGCCUCCCAUAGCAGGUGCCACUGCACGAGGGAUCCACAAUCAGAACCAGCAGGACGUCCGACCACGAUCAGAAAAAGACCUGGUUCAGUGCAGAGAAAAUCUGAAUAGACUCCAUCUGCCGCCUUUGGUUCUAUCCCCACUGUUUCCUGAACAAGAAGAGGAGAUGAGUGUGAAGCAGAAAGGAGAAAGAGAAAAAAACAAGAGAUUUUACUUAAAAGAACAGACAACAGCAGGAGGAAGAGGAGGAAGAGGAGGAAGAGGAGGAAGAGAAAGGCUGCUGUCUGAGAAAGAGCCUCCUCCUGCAAUAGGAGUUUCGGGUUGUGUUGUGGGACGGAUAGGUCCGGGCAGGCAGAGCUCAUUGGCUUUCUUACAGAAACGACUUCCUGACCUCCAGAAUCCCUGUGGGUCCAAUGAUGCUGACAGAGGUGUGUCCAGGGGCCUUCUACCUCUGGAACUGAGAGAUUUGCAGAAUGGCAAAUCUGUUGGCAGCCUGAUCCUGGGUCCUGAUGGAGAAAUUAUUCAACUGUCACUGUACGACAACAAAAGCCAGCAUUCAUCUCAGGUUGAUAAUGGAACACAACAGCAAGCUCUCCAGGUUCUUUCAACAGAGGGAGAGACGUUACCCUGGUUCAUUGUGCUGCAGUCUGAGGACACACAUAUAGAGGGAGCAGUGGAGCUGACCACAGAUGCUCUUAUAAGUAACGUCAAGCAACAUCUACCUAAGCAUGAGGGAACAGAAAGUCACGUGUCUGUGGGUCAGUUUGCAACAGGGGAGCGGAGACUCAGAACCAGACUGUUCCAAGACGUCCAUGGCUUGACUGAGACUAACACUUCUCCAGCCACCAGCUCCCCUGAUACAGUGGCUGUGACCCUGAAAAAAACUAAAAGUUCAGUAGCAGCGACGGGAACAUUAACUAAACCAAAGAAGGAUGGGAGAAACAAUGUAAGGAUAACUCCACUGAGGGAGAAGGUAGGGACGGAGGAGCAAAGAGGAGGCGACGCUGAGGCAGAGGUGGAAGAGAGGGAUGAGUUAGGACAAACAGGACAUUUGUCUCCGUCACAUCGACCAGGUCAAUCAAGAAAGAAGCUUCACGAUAAAGAGGAUAUGUUUGGCAGCGAGCAGAACAUCAGUCCAACUGCUGCAACAGCAGAAGAAGCUGUGGACAGAAGAAGGAGGAAUAUUAAGAGGAAGGACACAGAAGAAGCUGGAAUAACAAGCGGGACAAGUGCUAUUACAACUGCAGAAUCAGAGGGACAGAAGAUGUCCAGGGUCAGCAGAGACGGAGGAUUGGAGAGACAAAAAUCAAAAGACACUUCUCAACAUAUCAGGAGCCAGAAACCAGAGGAACGGACAAUUAGAGGAACAACAGAGACUCAUGAUGACUCCGCUCCUCCUUCAUUAAAAAAGCAAAUGAGAGAUGAAAGGGAAGGAAAGAGAGGACCGGUGAAGAAGAAUGAAGGACACGACCGAGAUGGAGGAGGGGCGGCGAGGCAGAAGGAAGUGUCUACUGGGAAGAAGAGGGAGAGGAGAGGGAGGCUGACACACAAAGAGUUAGUUGUUGAAAGCAAUGACAACCCUGUGGAGAAAGGGGAGAUGGAGAUCAACCAGGAGCUGGAAGAUGAAGAGUCUUUCCUAAAAUCCCCCGAAAGCUUAUCAGCAACACAAGAACACAAAACAGAAGCAAAGUCGUGUGAAGAAGUGGAAACAGAUUGUCUCUCCAGCUAUGACGAACAGAAAAGCAUCCGAUCAGUGAGUUCCCUCAGGUCCAGUGACGCUUCGUCCUACAUCCACCAGAGGAACUCAAGGGGGUCUGCAGCCUCUUCCUGUUGGGGGGCAAUGAUAGCCAGUGCAACAGGUUUCUCUUCAGCAUGUGGACGUCUGUCGUCAUGUUCCACUGUCAUGGUCACGGAGGAACAGCUGAUGUUGAACCCAGUUAAGCCAGAGUUACCUAGAAUGAGUCAGGAGGAGGCUGCUGCUCUGCGUCUGGCCCAGCGGGCAGAGAGACGGAGGCAGGAGGUGGAGAGGAAGAGGAGGGAGCGGGAGGAAGAGGAGAGGAGGAAGCAGGAGAGGGAGCAGACGGAGGAGCGGAUGAGGAGCGAGCUGGAGGGGGAGAGGAGGAAGAGAGCUGAGGAGCUCAGACUGAAGAAGCUGACAGAGGAGGAGCAGAGGAGGAGGCACGAGGAGGAGGAGCAGGCAAAAGUGAGACGGGAACAGGCGAAAAGAGAAAUGGAGAGAAGGAGUCAGGAGGAAAGGAGGAGGCAGAUGGAGCGACUGCAAAGGAUGAGAGAGGAGGAGGAACGGAGGAGGAAAGCUGAGCUUGAGCGUUUGCAGAUGGAGGAGCAGCGAAGGCAGGAGGAGGAGAACAGAAAGUUACAAGAGAUGGAUGAGAGCGAGAGGUUUGAGUACCUCCGCAUGAAGGAGCAGGAGGAAGAGGAGAGGAGGAAGAAAGAGGAGGAGAACAAAAGGAGAGAAGCAGAGGCCGCUCUAUGGGGCGCAGAGCAGGCUAGGCUGCAAGCAGAGCAGCUCGCCAGAGAGGUGGCACUUUUGCACCAGCAGUUGGCCUUUAAAAGGGGUCUUGUUAUGGAGGCCGGAGGUCUGGAGAAAACUCAGGGAAUCUCCCGUCCCUGGAUCUACUCAUAUUUUAGUUUACUGCAGCUACUGGGUCUGACUCCGUCUCAAGCCGAGACGACCAUCUGACAGACGAGUGAAAACAAGGUUUUCACUGGUGACAUGAAUCUCAA